UUCUAGGUGUUUAUGCUGGUUUGUGGUGCAUCCUGGGGGACCACAGAGGAUACAUAGGUUAGCAGUAUACACGGUUAGCAGCAUUUCACAGGGCUGGGGGGGCGGGGGAAGGGUGAUGGGAAAGACUAAAGUCUGGUGGUGGUGAGGAUGUGAGAGAGAGACUGACAAUAUUGGCUUCACAGUUAGGCACUCAAGCUCUGGACUCAGACCUGGGUUCGAAUCCCAGCUCCGGUUCUUAAGAACGCUGAGUGACUUGAAGGACGUUAUUUCACUGAGCCUCUUGCCUCUCACGGAAGAUGGGGAUUCUCAGUGGUCUGCAUCUCACUGGCUGUAGCCCAGUAGGCCAGCUCCCACCGCCAGAGCACUGCCCAUCCCAGAAGCCCCUCUGCUACCUAGCGGGAGGCCUGCUGAGGUUGACAUCCCUACCUCCGGUCAUCACUCAUGGACAAUUGGUUUUGUUUCGCUUCCUUCCCCAAGUAUGAGCGGGGCUCAGUCACCAACUACAUCACUCGGAACAAGGCCCGGAAGAAGCUGCAGCUGAGCCUGGCUGACUUCAGACGCCUGUGCAUCCUGAAGGGUAUUUAUCCCCACGAGCCCAAGCACAAGAAGAAGGUGAACAAGGGCUCCACGGCGGCCCGCACCUUUUACCUCCUCAAGGACAUCCGGUUCCUGCUCCACGAGCCCAUUGUCAACAAGUUCCGGGAAUACAAGGUGUUUGUCCGCAAGCUGCGGAAGGCCUAUGGGAAGAGCGAGUGGAACACCGUGGAGCGUCUGAAGGACAACAAGCCCAGCUACAAACUUGACCACAUCGUCAAGGAGCGGUAUCCCACGUUCAUCGACGCCCUGCGGGACUUGGACGAUGCCCUGUCCAUGUGUUUCCUCUUCUCCACCUUCCCACGGACUGGCAAGUGCCAUGUACAGACCAUUCAGCUCUGCCGCCGGCUCACGGUGGAGUUCAUGCACUAUGUCAUCGCCGCCCGUGCCCUGCGCAAGGUCUUCCUCUCCAUCAAAGGUAUUUACUACCAGGCUGAGGUGCUCGGCCAGCCCAUCGUGUGGAUCACACCCUACACCUUCUCUCAUGAUCACCCAACAGAUGUGGACUACAGGGUCAUGGCCACCUUCACCGAGUUCUACACCACCCUGCUGGGCUUCGUCAACUUCCGCCUCUACCAGUCACUCAACCUCCACUACCCACCCAAGCUCGAAGGUCAGACCCACGUAGAAAGGAAGGGCAGUGAUGACACCUAUGCCCUGGACUCGGAGAGCUCAAUGGAGAAACUGGCAGCCCUUGGUGCCAGCCUGGCCCGCGUGGUGAUGCCCACCAUGGAGGAGGAGGCCGAGGUGGAUGAGUUUCCAGCUGAUGGGGAGAUGGCAGCCCAGGAGGAGGACCGCAGGAAGGAAAUGGAGGCACAGGAGAAGCACAAGAAGCUCUUUGAGGGCCUCAAGUUCUUCCUGAACCGCGAGGUGCCCCGUGAGGCCUUGGCAUUCACAAUCAGGAGUUUUGGGGGGGACGUGUCCUGGGACAAGUCUUUGUGCAUCGGAGCCACCUAUGACGUCACAGACUCACACAUCACCCACCAGAUCGUCGACCGGCCUGGGCAGCAGACGACCGUUGUUGGCAGGUACUACGUGCAGCCCCAGUGGGUGUUUGACUGCGUGAACGCCCGCCUCCUGCUCCCUGUGGCGGACUACUUCCCCGGGGUGCAGCUGCCCCCGCAUCUUUCACCCUUCGUGACCGAGAAGGAAGGGGACUAUGUCCCACCCGAGAAGCUGAAGCUGCUGGCUCUGCAGCGGGGAGAGGACCCAGGAAACAUGAAUGAGUCUGAGGAAGAGGAGGAUGAGGAAGAGGAGGAGGAGCAGGAGGAAGAAGAAGACCAUGAAGGAGAAGAAGGGAGAGAAAAUGAAGAAAAGAUGGACAAUGUGGAGGCUGGUUUGGAAAAAGAGAAAGAGGCCCGGCUGGCAGACAUGGAGGAGCAGAAGAUGGAGGGGAAGAAACCCCGGGUGGUGGCGGGCACCCUGAAGCUGGAGGACAAGCAGCGGUUAGCCCAGGAGGAAGAGAAUGAGGCCAAACGCCUGGCCAUCAUGACGAUGAGGAAGCGGGAAAAGUACCUCUACAACAAGAUCAUGUUCGGCAAGAGACGCAAGAUCCGCGAGGCCAACAAACUGGCACAGAAGCGGAAAGCCCAUGACGAGGCGCUGCGAUCUGAAAAGAAGGCCAAGAAGGCGAGACCAGUGUGAGCACCCAUGGCCGCUUGCCAGGUGGCGGCAGAACACGGACACAAGCCCAGCAACAGAACAGAGGCGCUGCCAUCCUUCCCUGGUGCCUUAGCCCUCCCCAGCACACUCGCGCUGGCUGGCUGGGCCCAUCGGAGGGAGUCGUGCCUGUGACUGGGCAGAAAAGAGCUCCUGUGGCCCCAGGCAUCGGGACAAGGGCCCAGCUGGCCCUUCCCCACUCCCCUCGGUCACGUAGCUUCCUUCCCCUCUUACCUGUGUGGACCCAGGAUUAUCAGGGUGUCACGAUGGGCUGGGGGGCAGGGGAGCAUUUGCUAUUAAACGGCUGACUUGCAGCCAAUUGCAUUAUGUGCUCAUGUGCCUUGCUGGAAGGAUGGGAGAGGGACCCAUUUGUGCCCAGUGCCGCAGGCCAGGCAGCCCUGGCUGUUCACUGAGGUGAACCCAGGUGAACCCUGCUGAGCUGCUUUGAUGUCCAAGGGCCCUGCUGGGUGUCAAGAGCCAGAA